UUGAGGAGAGUGUUUGCUCACAUUGGGCAGGGUGCUUAAAGAGGCUCCGCUAUAGUGUCUGCUAUCGACGUCGAGACAAAAUAUUGUUUGUGGACAACGGAGUCAAACGACCAACUAGUUGACCUGAAAUGCGCUCAGUACCUUGGAGAGCUCUCGCGCGUUGUAAAUCACAAGGCGGCGUAGUGUAUACAGAUCAGCAGCGUCACUCUGACAAUUUAGUGGUAAUCACGCUAUGACGAAUGUCACGGUGCUGUUUCUGCUAAUGUGUUGUGUUCUAUGUGUGCACUUUCUGUCUGUCGGAGUAGAGGCAAGAUUACCAGACGUUCCGUUGUUGGAAAUGCGAGACUCACGCGACCAAAAACAGUUGGGUGUCCCUGUCCAUGAUAAGGGACACCUUCAGAGGGAAAUGGCUUCCUCCGUUUUGAGAAAUAAGUUCAACCGCCUUCCUGGAGUAUGUCAACGUCUACGCAGAAGGAGAAUCACAAUUCUGUGCAAUUCCAACGUGGGCAAGUACUGUUCGGUCAAAGAAGGAAUUCAACAUGGCCACAUUUGCCGCUGUCCAAGAGCAUCAAAGUGUAAAUACUUCUUUCUGAGGAGUCUGUAGAGCUCAAUCUAGAUUGCCUUUGUCAGUUGUGCUGUUUGUCUCCCCUCAAACUGUAUUGAUUACUAAAUAAAUGUACAUUUUCAAGAGAAAAAUACAUUGAACACUUCCCAGUACGUCACAAAUAGUGUCUUUUGAUAAGAAUACAGUAGUCCAAGUUGACUCUGGGAAGCUUAUUUUUCAUAUUUUAUGUUCAACUUGUGUUGUCUCUUAUCUCUGAAAAGUGGCCCUAUUUAAGGUAACAAUUUACACCCAGCAUCAUAACAAGUUAUGACACAUCAUAACCAUGUCAUAACAGCUGACAACCUGUCAUAAUAUGGUCAUAACACUGUCAUGA